GCACUGUAACAUGAGUACCGUCACACCCUUUCCCUCCAGAGGACCUGGGCAAGUUUCCCAGUCUGCGGAGCCCAGGACAGCACACUCUUAAGCAGAGACCAAGGCUUCCAUUUGCUGUUAACACAUGAGACUGAGGUGGAACCGUGCUCCCUAGUUCUAUACAUUUAAUAACAGCUGGGAAACAGGACUCAGGUCACCACGAUGAAAGCCCUCAUCUUUGCUGCUGCUGGAGUAAUACUCCUGUCGCCCACUUUUUGUCAAAGCGGCGCGGAGAAUGAUGUACGCAUCUUGGCAAAACCAACCUUACCUAUUAAGACCUUCCGUGGGGACCCCUUCAAUUCUUUUGAAGACUUCCCCCUUUCUGCCAUAGAAGGCUGGACAGGAACUACCACACCUGUAAAAAUUAAAUGCCCUGAAGAAAGCAUGCCCAAUCUUCGUGUGAAUAAUGCUACCGUGGGGUACCUGGGCAGCUCCUUAAGUACCAAACUGAUUCCUGCCAUUUACAUCCUGGUGUUUGCAGUAGGUACGCCGGCCAAUGCCGUGACCCUGUGGAUGCUCUUCUUCAGGACCAGAUCUAUCUGUAUGACCAUCUUCUACACCAGCCUGGCCAUUGCAGACUUUCUCUUCUGUGUCACACUCCCCUUUAAGAUAGCUUACCAUCUCAAUGGCAACAACUGGGUGUUUGGAGAGCUCAUGUGCCGGGCCACCACAGUCAUCUUCUAUGGCAACAUGUACUGCUCCAUUCUGCUCCUUGCCUGCAUUAGUAUCAGCCGCUACCUAGCCAUUGUUCAUCCUUUUACUUACCGAGCGCUGCCCAAGCGCACCUAUGCCUUCGUGACAUGUGGAUUGGUGUGGGCAAUAGUUUUCUUAUACCUGCUGCCAUUUCUCAUCCUAAAGCAGGAGUAUUACCUUGUCCAGCAGGAUAUCACCACUUGCCAUGAUGUCCACAACACAUGUGAGUCUUCAUCUCCCUUCCAACUCUACUACUUCGUCUCCUUGGCGGUCUUUGGAUUCUUAAUUCCCUUUGUGGUUGUUAUCUACUGCUACACAGCCAUCAUUCGGAGGCUUAAUACAUAUGAUGACAGAUGGUUGUGCUAUGUUAAGGCGAGUCUCCUCAUUCUUGUGAUUUUUACCAUUUGCUUUGCUCCGAGCAAUGUCAUACUUAUUAUUCACCAUGCCAACUACUACUACAACAACACGGAUGGCUUAUAUUUUGUCUAUCUCAUAGCUUUGUGCCUUGGGAGCCUCAAUAGUUGCCUAGAUCCACUCCUUUAUUUUCUCAUGUCAAAAAUCAUAGAUCACCCCACUGUUUACCUUACGAUGGUGAAAUCGUCGUAGGGAAUGAGGAAGACUAUCCAUGAAAACAUGCAUUCUUGGGAUAACAUAUGCCUAGUGCAAGGUGUUCUAACCUGUGGCCCAUUUUUGAGCUCCUAAGAAAUACUGCUUCAGAAUAAAACAUUACAAUAGCACUUUUUAAAUUUAGUACUUUCUCAGGGUUUUAAGAAUGUCACUGCAGGGGCAAAGACAUCACCAUUUUCUUUAAGGCAACUGACAUACUUGCCUGACUCAUACUUCAAGCUUUUUACAUCUCCAUUUUCCCCACUUCUAUGAGGCUUUUGCUCUAGGUGUCAUGGCGGAAGAGGUGGGACAGGAUGAAGCAUAGGGAGAAGCUAAGAUCUCUUGUUUUCACUAUCCGAUGUCAUUUUUAAUUCUUCUGCCUCCUUCCACUCUCAUGCUGGUGGCUACCUUGUCAGCUUCCUCUGAGUCAUUUUUAUCACUGGGGUCCAUUACCCUGGUCCUACCUUUGCCUUCUUGUCAUUCUCUUCACUGCCAGCCUUCCUCCAUUUCACCGGCCACCACCAGCGUAAUCUUCCUCAGAUAUCAGAUUGAGCACAUCACUCAAAACCCCCAGUUCAAAAACUGCCAUUGGCUGUCUACUGCUUUGGAAUAAACUGUAAAUCCCUAGCUUGACAUUCAGGGCUAACCUUCCAACUUUACUUCCCAAUAAACCUUGUCUGCCAAGUAGGCACUGGCCAAGCUUCUUGCUUUGCUGUAAUCGUGAUUUCUCCACUCUUUGCUCUUGACUCUCAAUCAUAAAGCUGUUUGUAACAUGUUCGACAUAAAUCUUUCCAUUUCUUAAAAUCUCAAAGGACCAUUCUUCUGAUUGUCCUGCUAGUAGUUCAUUUUUCUCCCUUUCUUGUAUUUUUAUUCUGACACUUACAUGUAGUUCCUUUACAUACACAUAUUAACUUCAUUAACAUUUAAAUAAGCACCAAGUAAAGAAGGGGCUCAUACUCUCCCUUCUUUAGCUUCUUGUAGAUCUAAGUCUUCUCAAGAUCUGUGGGGACCAGAUCCGUGCUUUGUAUAUCACACUGCUGAGUGAAUGAAUAAAAUCCCAAAGCAAUUCAAUUCUUACUGAGAAGGCAAUGUACCUUGUAUGACACUGGACAUCAUUUUUAGUUGGGCGUAUAAAAAAAAAAGCUAAAAUAGAACACACUCAUGAGGUAAUUUAGAAGUUUAAAAACAUCUCCGAUAUUUUUUCCCUUAUAUGUAGUUUUUAAAGGGGAAAUAUUUUGUUCUAAAUGCCCAGUAUAUUCCUGUAAGUCAAUAACAACUUUUCUCUUAGCUUAGAGAUUAGAUAGGAGAUGGGAUGUUAGUGGUUAAGGGUAUGAGGGAUUGUUGACAUAAAUGUUCAAGUCCAUGGGAAUGUACCUAGACCAUAUACUUUGUAGUGACUAUCAAAACAAUAAAAAAUUUUCAAAGAA